UUUUGUAACCAACCUGAAGUCAAAUCAUCGUAAAUCAUGCAACAAAUGCAACAAAAGGAGCAGCAACAGCAGAAGUUACAGUUUGUUUUGUGUAAGAGUGAGCAGUGAUACAAAAUAUAUAUGAUAAAUCCACUGGGCGGAAAUAAAAACAAACCCAAUAAUAUCCCUUUACAAAAAAAACCAAAGAACGUGUGAUUCAGUGAGAAAGAGAGCAACGCCGCCACAAGGGGAGAGAGAGAUCAAAGAGAUAACAGAGAGCGUGCCACAUCCGCGUCAUGUCGGACGAGGAUGUGCAGAUCACCAGCGUCGUGGACGCCAACGGUCAAUCACUGCCACUGCAAGGCAGUAGCCUGGGCGGAGCUCCUGGUGCCGUUAAGCAGGAGCGUGCUGACGAUGCCGAAAUCCGGGAGCUGGCCGCCAAAAUGAAGGAGCAGCAGAAGCACCAGGCCGCCCAGCUGGCCAGCCGCCAGGCCAUGCAGCAAUCCAAUGGUGCCGGCUCUGGCGGUGGGGCCAUGCAGCCGCCCAUCACCAACGGCAAUGGACAGACGAACAUCAUGAGCUACUUGUCACGCCACCAGAAGCUUCCCAACGGUACCAUGCAGGUGGUGCCCGCCCUGGCCCCUAACGGACAGCGGGCCAACGGGUCGGUGCUGAUACAAAAUCAGGCCGUUGGCGCAGGCGCAGGAGAAGGCGCUGAGAAGAAAUCAUCCGCGGGUGGGCCCUGCGACGAGGAGUCGAUCAUGGGUCGCUUUGGGUGGGCACAGUUCGGCAAAGUCUCUAUACCGUACAUCUACCGGCAGACGGAGAAGUACUGCUCGGUGCGGAUGAUCGAGCUGAAGCUCCUCGGCAAGUACCUCAACUGUUUGCAUCCAGACAUCUACUCCAGUUGCACGUGCGUGCGCAGCUACUAUAUCACAGACUCCGAGGCGCGCCUCUUCAUUGAGGUGAACCACAAGCACUGCGAUGGCGAGUUUGGACGCGACAUAUUCACCCAAAAGGAUCUGGUGGUGCGGCUAGGUGACGCUUCCAAGUUCUUCCAGUUCCUGGACAUCUGCUACCGGAAGCUGGUUACCGGCAGCAAGACGCCCUCGGAGAAGUGCGGCUUCAUCCGGAUCAACAAGGAGUCAGUCGUCCCGUACACGGUGCGCAACAACCAGCAGGUGGUGCCGCUCUUUUACUUCGAGGGCGAGACGGAGAACCUCAAGACCAAGGCCGAGCUGCUCAACGGCUGGGACCUGGCCUACCUGAAAUUCUGCUGCAAGGUCCAGGGCAUCCGUAACGAGCUCUUCUCCAGCGAGAACGUCGCCGUCAUCUCGCUAACGGACAUCAAAAGCUACUUCCCCAAUGGAACGGAAUUCGAAGACUACUGGCCUAGCAAGGUGGUCGACUCCAACCUGCUCAUUGGCAAUCGGGCCAACGUAAACAACUCGGUCAAUUGGACCCGCCAGCCCUCCGCACCGCCCCCAAAGAUCACGACCACUGUGAGCACCAACCCCUCCAGCAACGCCGGCACUGCCGGCAGCAACUCCACCAACAGCGGCGCCAGCGUCGGUGGUAGCGGCGGGGGCGGUGGUGUGGGCGUACAAAAGUCCCAGCAGUCCCAGCAACACAACACAGCCGCCGCCGCACAGCAUCUAAUAAAGCAGCGCGCUGCGGCGGCGGCCAACGCCAAUGGCGUCUCAAAUACAAGUGGCUUCGGCGCAUCGCAGGCAGCGGCGGCAGCAGCGGCCGCCUUCAAUACUCAAGCUGUUGCAGCGGCGGCCUCGGCAGCGAUGAUGCAGCAGACAGCGGGCAGCAACCGCAUGCUCUCGCAGGCGACGGUCCAGGCGCUGGCCAGUAGCGGCUGGAUGUCGGGGCAGAGUAACCUGCAGCUGCACGCCCAAAUGAUGGCGCAACAGUCACACGCGGCGAGCGCGAACCGCGCGGGAAGCUACCGCGAGCAUAUGAACAACCUGAUGAUGAGUGGUAGCAGCCGUCAGUCGUACUCCUACAACAAUCCUGCGAUCUCCAUGUCCUCGGUGAACAGUCACAGCGCCAGCGGCGGGGGGAAUGCCCCGCCGCCUUUGGUCCGUUCCGCUGCCGGCCAGAAUGCCAAUCACAUGUCGAAUGUCGAGCAAUCACUGGUGCAACUACAGCAACAACAACAACAGCAACAACAACAGCAAAAGACUCAACAACAACAACGACACCAACCCCACCAACCCCACCAACCACACCAAAACAGCACAUUCACCAAUAACCACGUACAACAACAACACACUCCACACCACAACCAAAACCAACAAUCACACCAACAGAAUAACCAAAACAAGAACAUCCAUAACACCCAUAACACCAACACCAACACCAACACCAAUAAUAGUACCUACAAUCAUUCCGGCCACGCUCUUGCCAAAAGCCUCAGCAACCACAGCGUUGGCGGGAUGAAGAAAAGUACCGCCUCCUCCUCCUGCGCCUCCAUCAACGUAAACGUAAACGCCAGCGUCAACGUGAACGUCAACGCCAGCGCCAGCGCCAGCGCCAGCGCCAGCGCCAGCGCAUCCCAAUCUGCCGCUGCCAUGGCAGCCGCUGCCGGCUAUGUUCAGGCCCUGUUAGGCGGAGUUGCGACCGGUGGCGGCAACGCGGGUAACUCCUUCAACUACAACCUGCCUUCGACCCGGGCGGACUAUACGAACCUGGCACUGUGGAACCAGCUGACGCCAGCCCAGCGCCUGCUCUUUAGCCAGCAGCUUAAGGGUUGCACCAGUGGGAGCGGUGGAAGUGGUGCAGCUAGUUCAGCCAGUGUUGGCUCUCAUCCAGUAAUCGCAGGAGGAGUUGGAUCAGGCAGUUCAGGCUUGGGACAGAAGAGCUUUCCGGCACUGCCUUCCCUGCCGCUGGACACGGACUUGAUCACGAUGCUCGACUACAACAAUCCCAACAAAUCUUCCUCCCUCUCGGCCAGCAAGAGCUCCAAGUCUGGGAGUGGCAGUGGCAGUGGCGGAGUGACCUUUACGAAACCCAAUGUCCCACCACUGAUACCAGAUGGAGGGGCCGGCGGAGGUGGAGUGGGAGUUGAGCAGAUAAGCUCGGGCAAGAGUCGUAGAGGAGGAGGAGGAGCCGGCGAUGGGUCCGGUGGGGCCACCACCAUAUCACUGAACUCCUCCCAGGCGCUAGAGGACUUCGAGAAGAAGCAGAAGAUGACGGACGAGAUGCGGGCCGUUAUCCAGAAGGUCCUGGCCAAUCCGGAUCUCUCCACCUUUAUCCAGACGAAUGCGGCGGCAGCCUCCAACCAUAGUCAGGGCCACCUGGUCCCCUCCUAUAUUUCCCCUCCAAUGUCCCCGUCGGUGGGCGUGGGUCUUGGUGGCAUGGGUGGAUCCCUAGGCAUUGGCGGUGUAACCACCCUGUCGCUGGCCUCCAACCCGAAUGUGACCAUCACGCCACAGCUGCCGGGGCACUUCCUGCACUCACCCUCCAGCUCCUGUUCCAGCUCGAGUGCCUCUACUACGGCCGCCUCACCGCUCGGCAAUAGUCAGGGCCAGGCUCCGGGUGGUGUCGGCACAGUGGGUGGAAAGGGGGGAGUGGGGCGCCAGAAGAGCGUGAUCUGCUCGACCAAAUCCAACAAUCUUCCCUUGGCCGUCGUCUCCCUAGCCUCAACCGCAAACUCGCCCCAAGGCAGUGCGGGGGGUCGUCGCGGGGGGUCCGUCAAUUACGGGCGUCAGACACACAGCCAUAGCCAUAGCCAUAGCCACCACCAUCAUCAUCCCAACACACAUGCGCAACAGUUUAGUGGUAGUAGUAAUAGUAGUAGUAGCCACUAUCAGCAGGACGGCAAAAAUCCUGUUGCUGGUUCCGGUUCGUGUUCGGGCUCGGGCACUCCCAGAACCACACCCACUGACGUUAUCGAUUUGUCCUCUUCCCGAAGGUCUCUGGCAGCGUCAGCGGCUUACCUGCAGCAGCACCAGCAGGCGGCUGUGGCGCAGCAGCGCAUGGCGGCGGUGGCCGCCCAUCAUGCCCAGCAGAACGGACGGAGCUCAUCGAAUGCCGGCGGUGGCGGAAGCACGGGCAGCACCGGCGGCAGCAGUAGCGGCAGCAACUCGUCCUCCUCGGGAUCGGCGUCGGCAAACAGCGCAUCCCUGCACCUGCAACGCCAUGCGGCGCUGGCCCAUGCGGCGGCGGCCGCCAGUGCGGAUGGUGCCCAGCGGCUAUGCGUGAUUCCGGAGAUACCCACAAACAACAUGAACCUCCAUCCGUACAAGAUUCAGAAGGUGUGCGUCGACAAGCACCUGGUGCCCUGCAUCAACAUGAAGGCCUACAACGACUCCGAGCAGCUGAUGACCCUCAUUGAGUUCCAGAAGAACUUCUUCCCCUCAGUGCCGCGCGAACACUGCAAACGGCUGAUCGAAGCUCUAGGCGUAGAGCUAUACAAGGCGAACCGCCGACAAGUGCAGAUCCUGAUGGAGUACGAUCGGACCUACACAGAGGAUAUGCCGCUCGUACAGGUGCGCGAUAUCAUCAAAUACAUGACGCAGCUGACCUUCAUGACACGCCAGUCAGAGCAGCCGCCGGCUAAGCGGACGCGAACGAGCUAGGAUUUAAGCUGGGGAGCACAACAUUUGCCACCAACAACAAUCACAACAAGUACCACAACAGCCAACACAGCCACAAGAACAUCGUUAUCAAUUACAGCUGCAGAAGCAGCACCAGCAGCAGCGGCAGUGGCAGCGUCACCACUGAGAAGAAGAGCCACCACACCGCCACACAGCCUGGGCAGUGAUGUGCUGCCAGCCAAGCGAAAGUCGAGUGCAGCUUUGGCACCGCCUCCAGCACCACAGCAGCAACAGAAGCACCACAAUCACCACAAUCACCACCCAGCACAUCAGCAGCAGCCAACCCAACACUUUCAGCUACAGCAGCAGCAAACACAUAACAGCAACACAUACGAAAUGUUGUACUCCCACAACCAACACCCGCACCACCACCAACAGCAGCAGCAGCAAAUACAACAACAACAACAACAGCAACAACAACAGCAACAGCAACAACAACAACAUGCUGAGCAGCAGCGGCUGCUCAAGAAGCGGCAGCAUGCAGAGCAGAGCACCACAAGGAGCAGCACUACUACCACAAUCAGCAGCAGCAGCAGGAGCCAUACUAGCACCACGCCCACUACCAGCAGCAGCAACAGAAGUAGUAGCACCACCACAACCACCAGCGCCAGUAACAAAACUGCGGCCCAGAAGAUGGCCGAGGCGGAGCACGCCUACCUGUCCAACAUGUACGGAAAGGCGGCAGCCAAUAUGCUGAGUCCGCCGCUGAGCAGCGCCCUGCCCGAGUGGAGCCUAGUGCAACAGAAGCAGCAGCUUCAACAACAACAACAGCAGCAGCAGCAGCGUCAGAGAAGAGCAGCCCAACUGCAGCAGCAACAUGUGGCCGCGGCAGCCCCAGCACCGACUCCAGCUGCAGCCGCACGUGCACCGCCACCACCACAGCAGCGGCACGUCAUGCUCCGUCGGCACAGCGUGUGCGCGGCAGGAUUAGCCAGGCUGUCGCCCGCCUCAAGUCACUCUUCCUCAGCAGUAGCUUCGCCCACUUCGGCUGCAGCCGCAGCCCUUGCCGCAGCCUCCUACUACGGCAAUGCAGCGGCCGCGGCGGCGGCAGCGUUUACCGCACCAUAUCAGCACCACCAUCAUCACCACGCGGCGGCGGCGGCAGCCGCACAUCAUCAUGCAGCUGCAGCGGCGGCUGCUGCAGCGGCUGCGGCGGCGGCACACCAUUCGCACGGCCAACCGUCGCCGACGAUAUAUCCGCCGACGCCACCGCCAUCGGCGCCGUGGGUGCAUCCCUGGUAUGCGGGUGAUGCUCCCUUCUGAGAGCGGGGCCCAAGGCGCCUGGAUCAGCGGGAGCAACAGCAAUGAUAGAAGCCCAACAAAUAUCCAAUUGUAAAUUAGUUUUAGGGAUAAGUUACUUAUUAAUUAAUCGUAAAUAAGAUCCUUUUUAUUUUUUGGAUUAGUGCUUAAGGUAGGUUAACUAAAACAAUUUCUGGGCAUUAUAUGCCACUAACAAUAAUCGACAGACGCAGACAGAGGUUUAAUAAGAGAUUUAGAAACAGAUAUAGAUAACCGAUACCAGAUACAAGUGGCGGACCCGGACUCAGACCCAGACCCAGACCCAGACCCAGAUCCAAACGGAGAGGUUACGGAACAGGGAGGACAAGGACAGAUCGAUGACUAUCGCUACUUGGAUUUCAUAUAGACAUUUGCAGUAGAACAUUUUCAAAUGAGAACUCAAAGAACUGAUUACAAUUUAUUAUCAAAACAAAACCCACACUCAAACAAACACAAACAUAAACACACAAAAAUGCUAACCACAAAGAACACACACUACAACACAAGCAGAACUGUUGAGUUGGCUCGUUCGCUCUCGACUGCGCAUUCGAUUUUGAAACGAAAGUCUUUUUCUAGCUAUAUUUACAUGCAUAUACAGGUGGUAUAUGCUAUAAAUAUGUAAUAUAUAUCUCGUAAUAACAACUCGUAAAUUGUAAGCAGGAAAUUUAAUUUCUUGCAUUUCAAACUGCAACUAAAUCUUAAAUUACCACUAAACCUACAACUAAAACCAAAACUACGACAACAACUAGAUCUAGAUCAACUAUUUGGAGUGAGUCAAGAAAUAGUUAUAAGUGGGAGAGUAAUUUAGAGAUUCCACUUGCUACGAGUUUAUCCUUGCUAACGAUCGUACCAUCAUCAUCCUCAUCGACAUCUUUCUGGUCGAACGAUCAGAACAGCAUAGUAUAAGAUCUAAGCAAUUUUUUAAUUGAAAAAUUUCCAAAACUUACCAAUUACAUAAAGCUAAAAACUAAAAACUCGAGAAGAAAAACUAAGAACAAAAAAUCAAGAAAAAUAUGUUAAAAACAUACAAAAAAGAGAUCAUAGUUCUUAAGAACAAAAUACCAACAAGAAGAUUAAGUUAUAUACAGUGUAUGUAUAUCGGACUGUAUAUGUACAUAUUUGUAUGAAAUAUUUGAAUAUCCGUUAUAUGGAUUUAACAAACUCUCUUUAUUUUGGUAAUUAAUAUUACUAUUAUUAUUAUUUGAUUGGCGAAAUAGAACUAUUUAUUUUUUUAUUUCUUCACACUCCACAUUAUUAAAAUAUCUGGGCAAUUUCUGUUUGUUUAAA